CACUCGCCCCGAGCCCCCGCCGCCGCUGGCGAGGACCACCACGGACGGCAGCAUAGAGGACCCCAUGAUGUCGAGCGACUUCCCGUUCGACGGCAUGCGUGGCCCGUGGCUGACCACUGCGGCGGACGAGAUGACUCUCGCCGCCCCGGCCGACGACCUCGCCAGCUGGAACGAGUGGAUGCAGUACAACCCCGCCGCUGCCUCGCAGAACCCGCAGCAGUCGCAGCCUCCCCCAAUGACCUCUACGCAAGCGGCUAUCGUGCCUGUCUCCGCUCCCAUGUACUCGCAGGCCGGCGUGCCCUUCACCUUUGGCGGGUCUGUCGACAUGCCCGCUGCCUUCGACUUCAACGGCAAUGCACUGAGCUCGCCCUCGACCGUCGAUGCUCAGCAGCAGAACGGCUUCUACUCACCACCCGUGUGGCAGCAACAGCCCCACCCGCAGCAACAACUCUACACACCCACCGUAUUCGCCCAUGCCGGCCCGCCUGCCUCGACACCGAGUCUCCACCACAGCCCUGGGUCUUUCCACAACGGCACAUCGUCAUCGCACUCAUCGCCCGAACCCGCUACGGACUCAAAGAAGAGGAAGUCGACCGAGGACACCGAGGACUUUGACGAUGCACCGUCGAGCAAGAAGAGUGGUUCGCAGCCGCCGAAGAAGACAGCGCACAACAUGAUCGAGAAGCGAUACCGAACCAACUUGAACGACAAAAUCGCCGCCCUGCGCGAUAGUGUCCCCAGUCUGCGCGUCAUGUCACGACCCAAUGGCACCGAGGAGGACGACGACCCUGAGGACCUGGAGGGUCUCACCCCCGCACACAAGCUCAACAAGGCUACAGUGCUCUCCAAGGCUACCGAGUACAUUCGUCACCUGGAGAAGCGCAACAAGCGUCUGACUGAUGAAGUUGCGACAUUGAAGGGACGCAUCGAGAGCUACGAGAAGAUGGCCAUCUCCGGCCCCAUGACCCUGCAUGGAACUGUUAGCACGCCCGACGGCAGCAGGUUCCAGGAAGAUCCAUUCGCGCAUCACAUGCCGAUGACAGGACCCCCACAGGGCAUGAUCCCUGUACCGGACAGUAUCCGCGCUCUACAGCAAGGACUGCCGCCCCAGCAACACUACGCCCACGCAUAUCCACAGUACCCUGGACAGGCACGCCCGGCUCCAGGACCGCCAAUGGUCAACGGACGUCGAAGCGGCGCAAUGAUGGGCAAGCUGAUGGUCGGCUCUCUUGCUGGUCUGAUGAUCCUCGAAGGCUUCUCUGCGCGCGAACAGUCGCAAGAAGAACCGUCUGGCCGUGGUCUUUUCGCUCUACCUAUCAACAUCUUCUCCAUUUUGUCUCCUACGACAUCGUUCGGCAGCACGACUGUGCAGAUACCCAUCGCGAAGCUACUUCUUGUUUUUGGUGCUUUCUUUUACAUCGUUGCUCCUCUGUUUGAAUCCAAGUCGAAGUCGAAGAAGAAGUCAGUUCCGGCCUUCAUGUUGGCUCCUGCGCCAUCACUCGCCUCCCCGGUUGAGGUGCGUCGCAAGGCGUGGCUUACUGCCAUCCAGACCGUUUGGGUGCCUCAGCACAACUUUGUCCUCGAGUUUGCGGCUCUUGCCUUGAAGAUGCUGAAGCUCAGCACACGCAGAAUUAUCGGCUGGGACGGAUACGCAUACCUCACAGGCACAACAAAGGAUCAAGAAAUUGCACGAGUCAAGGCCUGGAACAUUGCACUGGACGCUCAGCUGACGGGUGGCGACGCCGAGAUUAGCAAGAGUCGCCUUGUACUGAGCUUGAUGGCUUCUGGGACUCUGCCAGAUACACCAGCACGACUUAUGCUCAAGGCCCUGCACAUUCGUGUAUUGCUUUGGGAAGUUUCCACUGCCACAUACGGCGGAUGGCGAAUGGUGGAUGAACUAAGUGCCAAGAUGGCUCGCAAUUACUGGAAUGCCGCCCGCAGCGAGCACCGAAUUGCCAGCAAUCUGAAGAGUGCAGAGGCAGAACCACUACCGGACCACCUGGCUGCUCUCAUCGAGAGGGAUUGCGACGAGGUGCUGGUAGCACCGAUCAUUCAGCGCGCCUACAAUCUUGCCUGGAACCGAACAAAUGCUGAGAACACAGUCGUUGAUCUCUCCAUGGACGGUGUUAUUGAGGACUUCGCUAUCAGCUCGCCACUCGAUGCACUUGCAGCAUGGUACUCCAGCCUUGUACUAAAUAGGGGCCUUGCCGCCUACCUGGCUACAAAAAAGUCCGACUCGACUGCCGACCUCGACCUCGCUCUUCAGACCGCACCCGCCAACUCGCAAGCUCAGAUGCGAGCCCUGGUUGCCGACGCUAUUGUCUUCGACGAGGACCGUGACGCUCGCAUCGCCAAAGCACUCGAAGCUCUACCUACACCACCUUCAUCAAAGGUCAGCAAAACCGGCUUGAACCUUGUCGGCGACGGCACAGUCGCUGUCGAUGUUCGCAAGGCACUCACACUAGCAAAAUGCAUCUCACUCAUCGAAUCUUCGCACCGCAAUGCGCACAAACGUGCCAUCUUCGUCAUCAACAACACCUUCCUUCCCGAAUGUACUACAACAUUACUCAGCUUUGUCGCCGGCCACAAGAUCCUCACUCGCUUCAUGGAGGACUCAUCGCUGCAAGCUCAGACAAGUUCCGGCCUUGAACGCAUCGCUUCUGCGUUGCGCAUGUGGAUCGGACGCGAGACUGGUCGACGCAGCGGCUUGUCGAACAAGGCGAGAACCAAGAUCGUGGAGUACUGCCUCAAGACGAGCAAGACGCUUGUUGGGCUCGUGGAGGUUGAUGACGGGUAUGUGAGUGCGAGUGUGAAAGACGACGAGGCGUCAUCGUAAUUUACUUUUUUUUUUUUUUUUUUUUUUUUUU